AAAACUGUCUUCUGUCCGUAACGUAUCGAGCCGUAGUCGGUCGAGUAAACCGUCAUGCUGUUCGACAGGAAUCCUUUAAUCCUUUAAAGUGCUCUAAAGAGUAAGCGACAGUUCUUACACUUAAGAAUUUCUUUGGAAAUCGCAUCCAACAUUAGCCGUUGAGUCUUUUGAUUUUUUUCCUGUAUAAAAAUAUCGAUAUCUGCCUCUUAUCUACCCAAUGGGUAUCAAGAUCAGUUGGGGUUGUUAAAAAUAUUACAUACAUAUAUAUAUAUAUAUUCAAACUGCUAGCGUGGAACGACAGUCCGUACCCGAUGAGUAUUCGAUUGGCAGGUGGCCAUAUGGUGAAGCAGAGGAGGUUUAUCGGGAAUACUAAUAAUAAAAUGAUUAAUAUACGGGAACAUUUAUAAAUAUUUUGAGAGCGAUAAAUUAAUAUAUACGAUCCGAGUGCACAAAACGUUGUCUUCUCUUUACGAGCUAGGUGCGAUAGUGGAUCUGUAUGCUCCUGAACGGGAUUUAUCGGGAAUUUCACGGUGCAACGGUUCAUGUUACGGUCGCAAGACGCGUUGUCACGUGUUGUAAAGAGAAUUACGUGUUGUAAGAGAGGUUCGACAACGGAUCAUCGACAUACUUUGACAGAUUUCCUCAAGCCGGAAGACCAAAAGUGCUGGAUCCGCGCGGAUGUGAUUGCAUUUGUGAUUCGAUUUCCUUUUUAUAUUUAAUCCAGAUUUAUAGAGGGAUUUUUUUUUUAUUUUCUUAUUACGGCAAUGAAAUCACGCGAAAUCGAAAUUUCGAUGGAGUGUGCAUUCGUGUUUGCGCAACGUUGCGAAUAGCGAGAGUCGUGGGUUCCGCAAAAAAAAAGUCAUAGAAAGUUUUCGACAUCGGACACAUGUAGAAUGGAGAAAAAUAUAUUUUUCGAUAUAUAUGUGACUCGUAUGUAUCGAACUACCAUGCCACGUGGAACGUAACUGCAAUUCGUAGUGAAAAAUGUUUUUAAGCAGCAAUAGUCGUAUAGUAUUCCAAAAACUUUGUACAGAAAUCUAAGAAUAGAGAACGGUUCCGUAUGAUUAUUCAAUAAUAAAAACAAAUAAAAAAAUAUAUUCUAACUUUUAUAUUACGUUACGUUUAUAUUAUAUUUUUGUCAUAUUUUAAUAGAUAUGUUUGAUAAUGGAAAUUUUAUAAUGGCAGAUAUUCUUUCAAAUGAUUGGUAAACAGGUCAAUAGUUUAAGAAAUGUGUUGCGAGAGAAGGAAUUAUAAGACAAUUAAUCAUAGUUCGGUAUAAAUCAUCAAGAAAUAGCGAGAACAUUUACGGUGACUCGCCACGAUAAUCGAACAAAAACAACUUGAUCGAGUUUAACGUAUAGCCAAUAUAACAAUAAUUUGUCAGCAUCUAGCGCACAUUUCUGGAGUAGGCUGCUAAGAGCCUGUCAAAGAGUUUUAUUGAAACUAAUCGAUUAUUUAUUCGCAACUUUUUCUCACUCAAACAUCGUUAAAAACAAUUUACAAUUUCGUUCUUAUUUUUCAAAUUUUAGAUCUCCUACUGUAUAUUUUAUGAAGAAGGACGUACAAGCCAAAAUAAUCGAGUAUUAUUCGCAGUAUUCAUUGAUAAUUCCGUCGCAGCGUUAAUGUAGAGAGAAUUAACAAAUUUACUCAUCAGUACCGGACAAACACGUGAUCCAACUGUAUGAGAACAAAAGAUGGCUUAAUUUACAAAGUCCUAAUGUUCAAUUUCGUGUAUCGUGCCGGGCAGAAUUUUUCAUCAUAAUGAGUCUUUAAUUGAGAAUGCACGAUGACGCAGCAAAUUUAUCCGUUGUCCGCAAGCCCUCGCGAAGGCUCACUGGAUAUUCAAAUGGAAACGCUCAAAUCAAAUCGCUCCCCCCUCCGGGAAAAGAUCCUCUCGAGGUGGAAUUCGUGUCACCGCAAACAAACAAGGAGGAUAAGUCAGCCUCGCAGAAGUCAUCGCUGCCAUCCGUGCCUUACUAUAAACUCUUUCGAUUUGCAACAUGCGGUGAGUUGACGCUGAUCGUCUUAGGCUUAAUACUCGGUUGCCUAGUAGGACUGUGUGUCCCAGUCGCCACGAUUCAGUAUGGCGAAUUUAGUACGCUAUUAGUGGAUCGUAAUACGGAGAAUCACGUGACCUCGCCAACCAUCAUGAUGCCAUGGUUCGGAGGAGGAAAAAUUUUACCAGCUAAUGCAAGUCACGAAGAGAAGAUGGAUGCUUUAUACGACGAUUCGAUUGCUUACGGCAUCUCUUGCGCGACGUUAUCGGCGAUUCAAUUCAUCCUUGGCAUAUUGAUGGUGGACUUUCUCAACAUCGCCGCCUCGAGACAGAUCUCCAAGGUGCGCAAGAUGUUCUUGAAAGCCGUCCUUAGACAGGAUAUGGCAUGGUACGACACGAACACGUCGACCAACUUCGCCAGCAGGAUUACCGAGGAUUUAGACAAGAUGAAGGAGGGGAUAGGGGAGAAGCUCGGUAUCUUCACGUAUUUGACGACCUCGUUCGUUUCUUCCAUCAUUAUCUCAUUCGUGUACGGUUGGAAAUUAACCCUGGUCGUACUGAGCUGCGCACCGAUUAUAAUAAUCGCCACCGCUGUAGUCGCCAAGGUGCAAAGUUCCCUGUCGGCCUUGGAACUGGCGGCUUACGGUCAAGCCGGUAGCGUUGCCGAGGAAGUUCUCGCCGCCAUAAGGACCGUCGUGGCGUUCAAUGGCGAAAAGAAAGAAAUAGAGAGGUACUCGGAGAAACUGAUGCCCGCGGAAAGAACUGGCAUUAAGAGGAGCAUGUGGUCCGGAAUCGGCGGCGGAGUUAUGUGGCUCAUCAUAUACCUCAGCUACGCGUUGGCAUUCUGGUAUGGCGUGCAAUUAAUCUUGGACGAUCGUCCGAAGGAGGUGAAGGAAUACACGCCGGCGGUACUGGUGAUCGUGUUCUUCGGCGUACUUUCCGGGGCGCAAAACAUGGGCCUGACCUCGCCGCAUCUCGAGGCGUUCGCGGUGGCGAGAGGAUCCGCUGCCGCGAUCUUCCAAGUUCUCGAUCGCGUGCCGACGAUAGAUAGUCUGAGUAAGGAAGGCCGACGACUCGAGUCCGUCAACGGCGAUAUUGAAUUCAAAAACGUCGUCUUCCGUUAUCCGGCGCGUAAGGACGUUCAGGUGUUGCGGGGAUUGAAUCUGAAGAUCAAUCGCGGCGAGACGGUGGCGCUCGUCGGCGGAUCCGGAUGCGGCAAAUCCACCUGUUUGCAACUCAUUCAACGUCUCUACGAUCCGCUUAGUGGGCAGGUGCUUCUGGAUGAGGCCGACGUGUCAGCGUUGAAUGUUCAAUGGUUGCGCUCGCACAUCGGCGUGGUCGGUCAGGAGCCGGUGCUCUUUGACACGACGAUACGGGAGAAUAUCCGCUACGGAAAUGACAGCAUUACCGAGGAGGAGAUGAUCAAAGCCGCGAAGGAAGCGAACGCCCACGACUUCAUCAGCAAACUGCCGGAGGGAUACGAUAGUCCAGUGGGCGAGAGAGGCUCUCAAUUAUCGGGCGGACAAAAGCAAAGAAUCGCUAUCGCGCGUGCAUUAGUGAGAAAUCCGGCGAUCCUUUUACUGGACGAGGCAACGUCCGCUUUGGAUGUUCACAGCGAGGCGACCGUGCAAAGAGCUCUUGACACUGCUGCAAAGGGAAGAACGACGAUUAUAGUGAGCCACAGGCUCUCCACGAUCACAAACGUUGAUAGGAUCGUGUUUAUCAAGGACGGAGUUGUCGUCGAGCAAGGUACCCACGAAGAAUUAAUGGCGCUGAAAAAACAUUACUACGGAUUGCAUUCCACCCACGCGAAUGCUCAAGCUAAAGAUAAGGCCACGAGAGCUGCCGCGAAGGCCGCGAUAACAAGCCCGAAGAUGAAGACGAAGCCGCCGCUGAAUAGGCAGUUUUCAACCAUGUCCUUGCAUUCUCAUCGAUUAUCCCUCGCGAGAUCCGAAUCCUCGCAAGAGGAACUUGAAGAGCACGAGAAACCUUAUGACGCGCCCUUAACGAGGAUAUUCGCGCUUAACAAACCGGAAUGGCUACACAAUCUAAUUGGAUGUCUCGCAGCGGCGACAGUAGGCGCAUCCUUCCCGGCUUUUGCUGUGUUAUUCGGUGAAGUAUACUAUGUGCUAAGUCUUCAAGAUCCCGAUGAAAUCACUAGAAGAACCGUCAAUUUCUCAAUAUUGUUCAUCAUCGUCGGCGUAUUGACGGGUAUCGGCACUUUCCUGCAGAUGUACAUGUUCGGCUUGGCCGGCGUGCGUAUGACCACGCGAAUAAGGAGAAUGGCGUUCACCGCGAUGCUCAAGCAAGACAUGGGCUGGUACGACGAGGAUUCGAAUAGCGUGGGCGCACUUUGUGCGAGGUUGUCAUCAGACGCCAGCGCCGUUCAAGGCGCGACCGGAACUCGCGUCGGUGCUAUGCUACAAGCCUUCUCGACCCUCGUCAUCGGAAUCGGAUUGUCCAUGUACUACACGUGGAAGAUGACGUUGGUAUCAGUGGUGUCGAUUCCGCUGGUGCUUGGCGCGGUUUUCUUCGAGGCGAGGGUGAUGGGCGGCCAGGGUAUGCAGGAGAAGAAGAAGAUGGAAGCGGCUACGCGAAUCGCCGUAGAAGCGAUAAGCAACAUCCGCACGGUUGCCAGCCUCAACAAAGAAGAACGCUUCUUCAACAGAUACUGCGUGGAACUGGAUCAUGUCGCCAAAGCGACCAGGACCGGGAGUAGAUUGAGAGGCAUCGUAUUCUCGUGCGGACAGACCGCACCCUUCUUCGGAUACGCCAUCAGUCUUUAUUACGGCGGUUAUCUGGUGGCCAAGGAAGGGCUCAGUUAUGAGAAGGUCAUCAAGGUGUCGGAAGCGUUGAUCUUCGGCUCGUGGAUGUUGGGCCAGGCGCUUGCCUGGGCGCCCAAUUUCAACACGGCCAAAAUCUCGGCUGGCAGAGUCUUUCGGCUGCUCGAUAGAGUGCCGGAAAUCAGCUCGCCACCGGAAUCGGAGGGGAAGGAUCUUGAUUGGAAGGCAGACGGUCUCAUUCAAUUCUCGAAAGUCGAUUUUCAUUAUCCGACGCGACCAGAGACAUCGGUGCUCAAAGGAUUGAAUUUAAUUGUAAAGUCGGGACAGAUGGUGGCUCUCGUGGGUCAGAGUGGUUGCGGAAAGUCCACUUGCAUUCAGUUGCUGCAGCGGCUCUACGAUCCGCUCGCCGGCACCGUGACGCUAGAUCGGCGUGACAUCGCGUCGGUCUCGCUGACCACGCUCAGGUCGCAGCUAGGCGUCGUGGGACAGGAACCGGUGCUCUUCGAUAGAACGAUAGCCGAGAAUAUUGCCUAUGGCGAUAAUAGUCGACAGGCGACUAUGGAUGAGAUCAUCGAGGCCGCCAAGAUGUCCAACAUUCACAGUUUCGUGACUUCGCUACCGUUGGGUUACGACACGAGAUUGGGAACGAAAGGUACUCAACUUAGUGGCGGGCAGAAACAAAGAAUAGCGAUAGCACGUGCCCUGCUAAGGAAUCCUCGAAUUUUGCUAUUAGACGAAGCAACUUCAGCCCUCGAUACUCAAAGUGAGCAGGUCGUGCAGGCGGCCCUGGACAAAGCCAUGCAGGGCAGAACGUGCAUCACCAUCGCCCACCGUCUGGCCACCAUAAGAAACGCCGACGUGAUCUGCGUGCUGGACCGGGGCACCGUGGCCGAAAUGGGCACUCACGAUGAUCUGAUGUUGGCCGAUGGCCUCUACGCACACUUGCUCCAGGAAACCUCCAUAGAGUAGAGGGGCAGCUUAGAUUACCGCUUUUUCCUUCCAUCGCGAGCGAUUCGCUCGUUGAUGGUGCAUCGUGUUCCAGUCGGAGACGAGUGAUAAUUCAGUUGAGCGAGCGGAAAAUGAAAGAAAGCGUGAGCCCGCGGAGCGGAAUUCUCGAACGACCGUCGGAUUAUCGCCGGAAUAAUCGUCACGAAUUAAGAAAUAUUAUUAGCGAUAGCUAGACAUUCAAAAGGACGAAUGCGUCAGUAGAGAAGGAGCAGAUUUACUCUCGCAGAAUGUUAAUGCGACUCAUCCGCUGUGCCUACAGCUGAUCCGCCCUACAGCGAAAACAUACGAACCGAGUAUUUAUUUUUGGGAGAGAAUUUUGAUUUAUUUUAAAUCAAAAUUCUGAAUUUUACUUGUGUUCUUUGCGUCGAAUCUGUCUUAAAUUAAUUUUUCUAAGUAAUGAUAUGGGAUCGAAUGAUCUUACCUCUUAUCGAAUUGUCAGUUUCCCCUAUUCAUCCUUCUUUGAUUCAUUUACAUAUACAUACAAAUGAGAGAACAAGUAGAUUACGAUAAUAAUAUCGAAAAUUUUUCACAAAUGUGAAAUUUGUAUUUAUAAAUUUUAUUAAAUAUUUCAUGUGAUUUGUAAGGACAUUCUCGCCAAUUUCAUCUCUUUCUCUCUCUAUUUCUACAUCUAUCAUUCUUAUUCAUAUUCAUCGCUUCUUCUCUCUCCCUUAAUCUUGUACAAAACAUUUACAGUUAAAUAGAGUAAAGUGCUUCUUUAUGGAGGUAGUAUGUAGUGCUUCUUCUGGCGGUCGCGUUACUUCGUUAGUACUUUGCGCAUCUACGUAACGAUAUAUCUUUUUAGAUGGCGAAACGAGGUAUUAUCCAUAAUGGCAGGCGACGUAAUCAACUUUACCAUUUCUGCGCCCCGUCCUCAUUCGUAUGCGUCGACUUUUCUCCCUAGCGUUUUCUCAGGUGAUAAUAUUUCUCGCGCAUACAUACACAUAUAUACGCACGUACGUUAAACGAAGCUCUUCAUGAGAGCUAUCAUAUUUCAUGAUGAGAAAGAAAUUUGACUAUUUUUCUAUCGGAUAAAAAAAAAGAUUCAAUCAAAUGAACAAAAAGAGUCCUUUCCAUUACUUUAUUAAAGAAUUCAGUUUAGUUUACUAGUAGCCUAAGUUGUGCUAUAGAACGAAAGUCGGUACAACGCAAUCUCAAUAGAUGCAAUUAGCGUAAUUAAUGCUAUUGAUCUACGUUCCCUGUACCCGACUGAGAUUACAUAGAUGGCAUCAAAUCGAUUGGUUUGAGGGACGUAGUUCGUAUAACAAGACGUACAAAUGGUGACAGGUGUUCUCAGUUAUGGAAUAGAAUGGAGUAAAAGUAUUUCUCCGUCGUCGUAAUUUUGACAGUGCCGUGGCGGUGGCGCUCUAACGAUAUAAUAUAAAAUAUAUAUAUAAGCAUUUCUCUCGGAUUAAUAGUAUUCCGCGCAGGCGCGACGUUCUCACGCGUUCCUCCAUUUCUUCUUUUUUAUCUGAAAAAUUCAAAUGUUCAUCUCUAUUCCCUCGCGGAGAGAGAGAGAAAGAGGGAAAUUCCUUUCUCAUUCGGAUAUACCCGGUAUAACAUUUAACGAAUUUAUUCGUGAUGCAAAAUUUCCAGUAUAUAGGGGAUGUAAUAAAUCGUCGACGGUUUCAUUUCACUGGUGCCUUAAUAAUUAGAUGUUAAUUUAGCACUGUCACGUGACCGAGAAAACAAAGGCGAUGAGAAUGAUAAAAGAUACAUACUUGGCACAUUUGUUUACGUCCAAGGAGAAAAUACUUUGCUCCUUCGUCGAGGGAAGGGAAAUAUACGUAUCCGAGCAUGUGCUGAAUUCGAUCGAAGAAAAUUAUGUAAAGUAAUGCUCAUGUAUGAAUAAACCGAAAUUUAUUGCCGCAAUAACGGUUAUGUGUACGGCGGCGAAUAAAUAAACUGGAAUGGUAAAUCGUAUAUUUACGAGAAAGGACGAUUCGGCGUCUAAUAAGAAUCUGGCUUCCUUUGUACGAAACGACCUUUCCCCUGUGCGAAACGAAAAUCAAUAAUCGCGAAACAAUCAGCAAUUCUUAGAAUGGAGCGGCAAUUGACUUCUCGAUCCCGUGUUCUCUCAUAAAUAACACGUCGCGACUGUGUCAUCUCGCGAUUAUAUUCUACCAAUAUGUACUUAGUGCCUUCUCUCCUUUAGGCUUAAAAGAUAAUGAGAUUCGCCAGCACGCGAAGGUUUAUCGGAUUUAGCGAUGAUAUAUAUAUAUAUAUAUAUAUAUAUAUAUAUAUAUAUAUAUAUAUAUAUAUAUUCGGCAGCAAAGGAAGUGCGUGGAAAAAAGGUCGAUUUUUCAGAAUUUGUGCUCUCGACUUAAGAGAGCUACGUUGUGUCUAAGACGUCGUCGCAAUUCAUUUAUCGAGAGAUAAAUACUACACAAACACGUCAUGGUUGAAUAUAAAAAAGCAAUCGUUAUUAAUCGAGAUAGUACUCAUAGUCAAGUCAUUGAAAUAAAUAACCGAUAACUAUUAAUUGUAGAGAUCGAAUAAAAUGAUUAGAUCAAUAUUUUUCGAAGGAAUUUCCGUAGAAAAAUCUGUAUCAAUUAAAAACAAAUUUAAUUAUUAACUUUUACAACAUUCACAAAAAAAAAAAAAUAAAAAUUGAUUAUUUUACAUAUUUUUAUAUCAGUAAUAUAAAUGUAAAAUAAUUAAUCAUUUGAAAUUAUAAAGGUGAUGUAUAAAAUUAAAUUAUAUUUUUCAAAAAAUUAUUCAAAUAUUGUUUUCGCUCAUCAAAAAAAAUAAUUAAAAUCGGAAAAGAUAUCUCGCAACUCCUUCGAAAUUCCUGAUUGAUACUUAUACUUAACAUUGCGGCUGCCGCUUAUGAACAAUACUUAAGAGUAAAGAUCUUGUACUAAUUAAAAUAGAACAAAGAUAAAUUUUCGCUGGGAUCUAUGACAAAAUUCGAAAAUUUGUGUAAUUCACACGAGCGAUCAAAUCUGAAUGUCGAAAUGUGUGUACUUACAAUGGUGUUACAUGGAGGAUGAAAUAUUAGAGUUUUUGUAAAGAGAAAAAUAUGAUUGUAAAAUAAUAAUAAAGAAUGAUAUAACAAAGAAAAAAA